AUGGCGCCCAACAGCAAGGCCGGUCCAUCACGGCCCAAUGCUACUCGCGAGGCUGCCGCGUACGCCCCGAAAUACAAGACAAAAGUCAUACAGAGCACAUCAGAGCUCCUCCGCCAUCAAAAAGGCAAAGCCAAGGAGACUAUCGGCGCUGCCUUCGACGUGGCUCAAAAUGUGAAGAACCUGCCAGGAGUGAUCAGGGUGGAGGCGUUCGUCGAGGCCCGAGCGAUGGAAAUCCUCGCGUUUCAGAAUGCCAUCAAAUCUGCCGCCACCUUUGGAAACUCUCGAGUGUUCCAGUCUCUCCCUCGACAUCUUCGCCGUCGAGCGGCAAGUCAUAAUCCCAAACGCGUCCCCAAACGACUUCGGAAGCGCGCAGCAGCAGAGAUUGAUCCAGGGGACAAUAUCGCCAAGCUUCAUCGGAAACGGGCAAAGCUGAGGGCGAAAGGGGAUCUGAAGGGCCGGAGUAGGACAGAGCAGCUCCUCGCCAGGCAAAGAAAUAAGACUUGGUUACCAACCCAUAUAUGGCACGCGAAACGGUUUCAUAUGGUCAAUAUCUGGGGUCACCGACUACCCCUCACGCCGACCCUCAAGUCUUUCCGCCCGGCCUAUCGUGCGACGAGACGGAGGUGCGCUGUGAGCGAUACGAGCUACUAUGGUAUACUGGAGCUGGAUAGUGAUGCGGGCUUGGAGCGGGUUACAGCGGGGCGGUAUGCGGGAGAUAGAUUUGAGCAUCGUAAAGCCGACGUACUACUCUAUCACCUCGACACUUACCCGCUUGGUCUGAUCGGACCGGCCGAGAUCAUCCGCGGAGACAAGCUCUGGAUCCGAAUCCACCCGUCCAUCUUUGACGAGGCGUUUGCUGCUAUCCGAGCUGCUGUCGGUGUUGUCCGGGAUCUACGAGGGGAACUGGACAGCUUUGAGCUGGUCGGGCCCAUGUCGGAAGAGGUGCUCAGCAGAGUCUUGAGGCCGGUCAAGGGCGAGACGUUCAGAACGGCAUAUACAGUCUCAACAUUUAUGAUCCAAGGUUACAAGGUUCGGGACAACCUCGCCAAGCCACUGUUCAGGAAGUCCGAUCUGGACCGUCGGCGCCAACAUCUCCGCAAUCCCGGCACCUCCCUCCGCCCCCUCGCUCAAGAUGCUCGACUACCCAUCAUGCUCAUCCAGCGCACAGUCGGGGACAUGCACGGCUACACCCUUCUCCUUCCCCGCGGAUGGUCCCAGUACCUCCUGACCGCCUUCGCUUACGCGCGAUGCCUUAUAUCCGGCCUGGCGGAACGGCGGGUGCAGCAUCGGGAGGCUGGUGUGGCGUGCUUCCCAGAACACUUCGGGGCGGUAUGCAAGGCGGGUACAGAGUGGGAAGAUAGGAAAGCUGGGGAAGAAACGGACCGAUGGGAGAGGAAGCCACCGGGAAAGAGGCCGGAGUAUGGGCUCUUGGGGACGCCGGCGGCCUUCAAGCCGGAUUGGAGCUUUAUGAUCGACGAAGAGGCCACUGUCAAUGGUAGCUCGGCGACACCGUGGCUGGUGCAGACCCCUAUCCUCGAGCUCCUUCCUCAUUUUCGCGUCAAUGCCGAACAGACCAUCUCGGAGAUAAUCAACGCUUUCCGAUCUCAACGAAACAUGCCGCCUAUCACGCAAGAUCUCUACCCCUCUGCGCUCAUACAAGUCCGCAUCAACCUUCUAGGUAGGGGCUCGCCAAAAGAUAUGGCGUACAUAUAUGGGCUGUCCGCGGAGGAACGGGAAGAAUGGCUCAGUGCCGAAGAUACACAGACUAUUGGAGAGGUCAAGCCGGAUCUAAACACGCUGGUCGGGUACGUGACGACGGGCAACUUUAGUCUGAGUCGAGGGACGGGACAUGCGCUGGGGAGCGUCAGUCUGAAGGGGUACCUUGGGCUAUUGCGGCUGGCCGAGGUGGGGUCGGAGAUGGGCAAGGGGAGGGCGCUGGUCAAGCUCGUCGUCCCUGGGAGAUGGGCGAUCCAGACCGGGGACUACAGCGCCAACGGCGGGAAACUGCCCUAUAUCACCCAUCUGGGCCAUUUCGUCCGGCCUCGACACCUUUCUUCUCUUCCAUCCUGGACCGAGGUGGAUGAGGAUAAGUCAGAAGCGGGAUUAUGGACUGCGUACAUUGAGCAAUCGCUCACUGAUCUGGUCAAUCACACCCUAUACUCCCUUCCUCCCAACUAUACCCUUCUCGCACCCGCCCAGUCCGGCCCUUUGGGCCCACUAGAGCGACACUACAUACCACAGCGUAUCCGAGCGAUCCACAAGACUCGACUAGAGCACGCCGGGCUAUGGGGUCUGGGCGGAUCAACGGAUGCGGAAGAGCCAAAAGAGGGAAAAGAGGCUGCUGUGGUGCCGGGAGGAACGGAGAUCCCGAGGGGAUGGGCAGGAUGGGGUGCAGGACGGGAAGUGGAGAGACGGAGGAGAGCAUGGGAGGGGGAGCAGCUGGCUAAGAGGGCAAGGGGUGUAUUGGAUGUAUUGAGUAGGAGGGUGGGGGAGGGGUAUUUUGGGGGUGAAAGGUGUGUCUGCACGUCUCCUCGUCGGCCCAGAAUGAAGGCUUCCUGGUGGAACGGCUCAAUGUUGCGUACGGGCCCGACGGAUGCUCAUAUCGAAGAGCCGCAGGAUAGCAGCCUGCAGGAUGGACGCCGACUCUGUGUAGCCUAG